GUAAUUUCAACCAACAAUGCUUGACCUUGAAUCAUUGAACUCGGGCAAAGCUGCUAGGCGCUACCCCGCAGUCUAAUUAAACGCGGGAACCUUCACGAUCAAGCCUUCACAGAAUAACUCUAGAUAACCGCAAUGUACUCCACCGGAGAACAAGGGCAUGCGGUCGCUAGCAGCUCGGGCCGCAGCACGCCUGUGUGGCACCGCGUGGCUCCGCACCUGCCGUCGCUCUUCUACGUGCCGGACAACGUGACGCGGGCGGAGGAGGGGGCGCUGCUGCGGGAGGUGCGCGCCAGCCGCGCCAAGUGGGUGCAGCUGUCGGGCCGGCGGCUUCAGAACCACGGGGGUGUGGUUCACGCCAAGGGCCUCAUACCCGCACCCAUGCCCAGCUGGCUGCAGCCGCUGCUCUCACGUCUAGCGGCCGAGCAGCCGCCGCCGCACGAGCAGCCGCCGCAGGCGACGGAGGAGGAGGAGACGGCGCCGGCGGCAGCAUCCGCAUCAGCGGCCUCCCCAACCACCCCCACUCCCACGGCCCCCACGAACCCCACAGCCUUCACGGCCCCCACAGCCCCCACCUCCACGGCCACCGCCACGCUGUACGGCGGGCGGCCGCCCAACCACGUGCUGGUCAAUUCGUACAUGCCCGGGGAGGGCAUCAUGCCUCACGAGGACGGCCCCGCCUACCACCCGGCAGUGGCCAUCCUCAGUCUGGGGGCGCCCGCGGUGCUGCGCUUCGAACGCAAGAGGCGGCCGGAGGGCGAGGGAGGAGCGGGGGGAGGAGGAGGAGCGGGGGGAGGAGCGGGAGGAGGAGGAGCGGGGGGAGGAGGAGCGGGGGGAGGAGGAGCGGGGGGGCAGGGAGCGGGCCAAGAGGGGCAGGAGAAGGGCGAGGGCUGUGAUGGGGUGCACGUGGCAACAAGCACGGCAGGGGGGGCGGGAGCGGGAGCAGGGCGCCAGCAGCAGCCUGAGCCGGGGAGCAGUGACACCAGCAUGGGCCGUAGCGGCGGCAGUAGCGGCGGCAGUAGCGGCGGCAGUAGCGGCUACGUGGCGAGUGUGGUGCUGCUGCCGCGCAGCCUGGUGGUGUUCUCCGGGGAGGCCUUCACGGACUGCCUGCACAGCAUACAGGAGGUGCAUGAGGAGCUGAUUGACUCCUCCGUCGCCAACCUGCACCUGCUGCCGCCGCUGCCUUGUGGAGGCGGAGGUUGUGGUGAGGGUGGAGGCGGUAGUGGUGGUGGCAACGGCCAUGCCGGCAGCGUUGAGGCGUCGGCCGCCACAGACGCGGGCACAGCUAGCGCGGCCAGCGGCAGCAACAGCGGGGCCGGGGCCACCGGGGGCGCGCAGGAGCAAAUGCCGCCGCCUCCGCAGCAGCAACAGCAGCAGCGGCUGCUGCUGGCGGUGGGUUCGCGGCUGCCUCGAGGCGGCGAGCGCGUCUCGCUGACGGUGCGACGGGUGGCCCGGGUGAUGCCCAGCAUCCUGAGGCCCAGGGGAUGAACUCGGGAGUGGAAAGAUAGAGAGGAUCCGGGUGUGCCAAAAUACGGUAAUGUCUUUUGUUUUUAUAUCAGUGUGCGUCUUGUGUCGCUGGGCAACACCACGCAACACCCAGGGCAUUGCGGAGCUGAGAAGGGGGGGGCGGUUCGUGGACUUGACGUGACCCGUGUGAAGGGCGGAGUCAGGUCGGACGGCGCGUGUAUGAUGCACGGAUGGGUGGAGGUGAGUGAAGUCAUGGCGAGUGGAGUGUUACAAUCAGGGUUGCAUUUCCCUUGGUAUAUCAGGCAAUUUUUGACGGGAAUCAGUUAUUGUGCG